UAGGAUAAUUAGAUGGCAAUAUUGAUUGGAUAAAGUGCACAGUAUUCUAGCCUAUAUAUACAAGGAAAGUGUGUUAAUUGGCCACUCGUUCAUAUUCAGCUAUUGAUCAUGUGAAAUAUUUCUUUUUCCUCAAAUGUCCCAGAAACAAAGGCUCAAUUCUAACUUUGUUUGCUAUUUAAUUUUCAUUUGAUUGAGAUGUUUCGGUCUUUUGCAUGCCUUGAGUUCUUCUCGAAGCAAAUGCAUUUCUUUCCCACUGAUAAGAAGUGAACAUAGUUUUACGUUACGGGUACCGAUCAACAAUACUGCAGUUUUCACACCUUUCAGCUUUAAAGUGAAGGUAGACUUGUCUCCAAUUUACUCUAUGCAAGGUGACAAUAGACUUUUUAGUGUUGUUAACUCAGUCACUCUUCUAAUAUGUGAUGCCAUGCCCAAGUACGCGCGCGUGGUUCAUCUCACUCCGAAGCUUGAGCUCUUCCAAUUUUCUCCCAGCAAGCAACGAACCCAACAAUCUUCUCAACAAGGUGCGCUUGCUUUCAUCACGCGGCCAACUCCAGGAAGCUCUCUCACUCUUCUACAAUACACCACCCGAACUUCACUCCCGACAAACAUAUGCCAGUCUCUUCCAUGAAUGCGCUCGCCAUGGAUAUCUUCAACAAGGCCUUCAUUUGCAUCAUUUCAUGCUUGCCCAUUUUCCCAACAACACGUCCGACCUCUUUCUCGCUAACCAUCUCAUCAACAUGUACUCAAAAUGUGGCUGCUUACAUUAUGCUCAGCAAGUGUUUGAUGCAAUGCGUGAAAGGAAUGUUGUUUCUUGGACAGCGCUCGUUUCGGGGUAUGCGCAGCGCGGUAGGGGUCUGGAGUGUUUCCGUCUCUUUUCGGGCAUGUUGGUUGAGUGUCGGCCAAAUGAAUUUGCGUUUACAAGCGUGCUUAGUUCGUGUGAUUGCUUUCGUGGUAAGCAAGUGCAUGCACUCGCGUCCAAGAUGGGAUUGGACGCUUCUGUUUACGUAGCAAAUGCUCUCAUUACCAUGUAUAGCAAGAGUUAUAAGAUAGAGGAGGCCUGGACAUUGUUUAAGAGUAUGCACUAUUGGAGUCUAGUUUCUUGGAAUUCAAUGAUUGCCGGGUUUCAGUUAGCAAAGCUCGGGAUGGAAGCUAUUGGUGUUUUUGCCAAAAUGCAUGACGAGGGCAUUGGCUUUGAUCGUGCCACACUGCUCAGUGUCUUUUCUUCGCUAUGUGGAAGCAGUGGCAUUGAUGUAGAUUUGGGUCUUAAGUUUUGUUUUCAAUUGUUCUGUCUCAGUGUUAAGACUGGGUAUAUUUCUGAAGUUGAAGUGGCAACUGCAUUUAUGAAAGCUUAUUCAGAUCUUGGAGGAGACGUUUCUGAAUUUUAUCAACUCUUCUUGGAGACAACUUGCUGUCAAGAUAUCGUUUUCUGGACUAGCAUGAUCACAACAUUUGCAGAACAUGACCCAGUUGAAGCUUUUUCCCUCUACCGACAAUUGCUUCGGGAGGACUUGAUUCCAGACUGGUAUACUUUUUCAAUUGUACUAAAAGCUUCUGCAGGCUUUGUAACUGAGCACCAGGCGUCGGCAAUUCAUUCACAAGUGAUUAAAGCUGGGUUUGAGGAUGAAACGGUGCUAAAAAAUGCCUUGAUCCAUGCCUAUGCAAGAUGUGGCUCUGUUGCUUUGUCUAAGCAAGUUUUUGAAGAAAUGGGAUUUCGUGAUUUGGUGUCUUGGAACUCAAUGCUUAAGGCCUAUGGCUUGCAUGGAAAAGCUAAGGAAGCACUGCAACUCUUUCCACAAAUGGAUGUCAAACCUGAUACUGCUACCUUUGUUGCUCUUCUUUCAGCUUGCAGUCAUUCUGGACUGGUGGAAGAAGGGAUCAGAAUCUUCGACUCCAUGUUCAAGAAUCAUGGCAUUAUUCCUCAAUUAGAUCACUACGCUUGCAUGGUAGACAUCCUUGGACGAGCAGGGCGAAUCAUUGAGGCUGAGGAGCUUAUAAGUAGAAUGCCUAUGGAGCCUGAUUCUGUGGUUUGGAGUGCUCUACUUGGGUCAUGUAGGAAGCAUGGUGAAACCCGGUUGGCCAAAAUUGCUGCACGUAAACUGAAGAAGAUGGAGCCUAAAAAUUCAUUAGGUUAUGUACAAAUCUCAAAUAUAUAUAGUUCAGGUGGCAGUUUCAAUGAAGCAGGAACAAUUAGAAAAGAAAUGAAUGGGUCAGGAGUUAAAAAGGAACCUGGUCUAAGCUGGAUUGAGGUUGGAAACCAGGUGCAUGAGUUUGCCUCUGGAGGCAGACAUCAUCCUCAAAGAGAGGCUAUAUGCACCAGGCUUGAGGGAUUGAUUGGACGGUUAAAGGAGAUUGGUUAUGUACCAGAAAUAAGCUUGGCCUUGCAGGACAUAGAGGAGGAGCACAAACAGGAGCAAUUAUUCCACCACAGUGAGAAGAUGGCAUUGGUAUUUGCCAUAAUGAAUGAAGGGAAUUUGCAUUGCCGGGGGAGUGUGAUAAGGAUUAUGAAGAACAUCCGAAUUUGUGUUGACUGCCAUAACUUCAUGAAGUUAGCGUCAGAACUUGUUCAAAAAGAGAUUAUUGUCAGGGAUUCAAAUCGUUUCCACCACUUUAAAAAUAAUGUCUGCUCUUGUAAUGAUUAUUGGUGACAAACUAGCACUAGGCGAUUAAACGCACCUGCCUGGGUUCAGUUUUUCACCCUGCAUGUUUGUCACUCUGUGGAAGCAUUAAACUGCACUGCAGUGGCAGAUUGAGUUGAAACCAAAGGAUGCAUGCUAGAAAACCGGUCUUCUGAAACGGGGAGUACGAUU